GGGGCGCGAUGGACGUCGCUGUGAUUGUGCUCGGACGCCUCCCGCCAACAGCCGUGACGAAGCCAACGCCAUCGAAGAAGAGGUCGCUCAAGCAGACGCACGACAUGGACGUCCAUGAGCGCUUCUCGUUGCGCGUGGCGCUUGGCGACUCGGUGCUGCAGCUCAAGGAAGCGAUUGCGAUCGAGCUCGCCAAGGCGCUCCAAGUCGACGUAGGCUUCCCGCCCGAUGUCCAGCUGCUGACAGCGGCAGGGCGCAUGCUCUCGGACGCCGACUCAAUUGGUGCUGCGCUCCUGGAUGCGCGCGUUGUGGUCUGCGCGCUUGACUUUCCGACGCCGCCGCCGGUCACGCGUGCCAUGAGCCCCAAGGCGCAGAACGACCAUGGCAUUGCACAGCUCGUGGCGAUGGGGUUUCCAGUGGGAAAGGCCAAGCACGCGCUAAGUCUUUGUCACAACAGCGUCGAGGCCGCGAUCGCCUACUUGACCGAGCAGAUACUACCGCCGCCAACUCUCGAGGACGACACGGCGACACGACUCGCGUCGGUGGCCAUGCGUCAACCGUACUUGCUCCGGGAAGCAAUCCAGAGCUGCUCGCUCGACGCCCUCGCGACGCUCUCGCUCGAUGUCAUGCAAGACGCCAUCGAAAAGACGCUCGCCGCAGACAACAACGACACGGUCGUCCUCACCGACGAGUCGGACGUCGAAGAGUCCAAGGACAGUGCUACCGACGACGACGUCUUCGUAGCGACGAGGUCUGAGUCAAGCGACGCACUGGAGGCUGUCCUUAUGCGGCUGCAGUCGCUCGGGUUCAGCCGCGAAGACGCCCUCGCUGCGUACAUGGCCUGCGACCAGAAUGAGAGCGCGGCCGCCAACUGCCUCCUCGACUCGUUCGCCUAAGUGGUGUCUAACUGCCCUGUACACAUCUCGCCUUUGCACCAUGAA